AACAUACAUCUGAAAUACCAACAUCAGAAGUUGCAUCAACCACUCUACCAACAGUUACCUCCCAAGAAACAUUUGAAACAACUGAACAGUCUAGAUCUUCUGAAGCAAGUAUUACCACAAUAGAAACAGUCACAGAGGAAACAGAUUACCGUUCAUCUACUUUGGAUUCUGGUACUGGGAUAACACAAACAUCUGAAUAUGCAACAUCCACUAUUGAAACUGUUACCUCUACUGAUUUGCCAACAGCUCCUAUCUCAACAGAACAUACAUCUGAAAUACCAACAUCAGAAGUUGCAUCAACCACUCUACCAACAGUUACCUCCCAAGAAACAUUUGAAACAACUGAACAGUCUAGAUCUUCUGAAGCAAGUAUUACCACAAUAGAAACAGUCACAGAGGAAACAGAUUACCUUUCAUCUACUUUGGAUUCUGGUACUGGGAUAACACAAACAUAUGAAUAUGCAACAUCCACUAUUGAAACUGUUACCUCUACUGAUUUGCCAACAGCUCCUAUCUCAACAGAAUAUACAUCCGAAAUACCAACAUCAGAAGUUGCAUCAAGCACUCUACCAAAAGUUACCUCCCAAGAAACAUUUGAAACAACCAAACAGUCUAGAUCUUUUGAAACAAGUAUUACCACAAUAGAAACAGUCACACAGGAAACAGAUUACCUUUCAUCCACUUUGGAUUCUGGUACUGGGAUAACACAAACAUCUGAAUAUGCAACAUCCACUAUUGAAACUGUUACCUCUACUGAUUUGCCAACAGCUCCUAUCUCAACAGAACAUACAUCUGAAAUACCAACAUCAGAAGUUGCAACAAGCACUCUACCAACAGUUACCUCCCAAGAAACAUUUGAAACAACCGAACAGUCUAGAUCUUCUGAAGCAAGUAUUACCACAAUAGAAACAGUCACACAGGAAACAGAUUACCUUUCAUCCACUUUGGAUUCUGGUACUGGGAUAACGCAAACAUCUGAAUAUGCAACAUCCACUAUUGAAACUGUUACUUCUACUGAUUUGCCAACAGCUCCUAUCUCAACAGAAUAUACAUCUGAAGUACCAACAUCAGAAGUUGCAUCAAGCAAUCUACCAACAGUUACCUCCCAAGAAACAUUUGAAACAACCGAACAGUCUAGAUCUUCUGAAGCAAGUAUUACCACAAUAGAAACAGUCACACAGGAUACAGAUUACCUUUCAUCCACUUUGGAUUCUGGUACUGGGAUAACACAAACAUCUGAAUAUGCAACAUCCACUAUUGAAACUGUUGCCUCUACUGAUUUGCCAACAACUCCUUUCUCAACAGAAUAUACAUCUGAAAUACCAACAUCAGAAGUUGCAUCAACCACUCUACCAACAGUUACCUCCCAAGAAACAUUUGAAACAACUGAACAGUCUAGAUCUUUUGAAACAAGUAUUACCACAAUAGAAACAGUCACACAGCAAACAGAUUACCUUUCAUCCACUUUGGAUUUUGGUACUGGGAUAACACAAACAUCUGAAUAUGCAACAUCCACUAUUGAAACUGUUACCUCUACUGAUUUGCCAACAGCUCCUAUCUCAACAGAGACAGUCACACAGGAAACAGAGUACCUUUCAUCCACUUUGGAUUCUGGUACUGGGCUAACACAAACAUCUGAAUAUGCAACAUCCACUAUUGAAACUGUUACCUCUACUGAUUUGCCAACAGCUCCUUUCUCAACAGAGACAGUCACACAGGAAACAGAGUACCUUUCAUCCACUUUGGAUUCUGGUACAGGGCUAACACAAACAUCUGAAUAUGCAACAUCCACUAUUGAAACUGUUACCUCUACUGAUUUGCCAACAGCUCCUUUCUCAACAGAAUAUACAUCUGAAAUACCAACAUCAGAAGUUGCAUCGACCACUUUACCAACAGUUACCUCGGAAAAAACAUUUGAAACAACCGAACAGUCUAGAUCUUUUGAAACAAGUAUUACCACAAUAGAAACAGUCACACAGGAAACAGAUUACCUUUCAUCCACUUUGGAUUCUGGUACUGGGCUAACACAAACAUCUGAAUAUGCAACAUCCACUAUUGAAACUGUUACCUCUACUGAUUUGCCAACAGCGUCUAUCUCAACAGAAACAGUCACACAGGAAACAGAUUACCUUUCAUCCACUUUGGAUUCUGGUACUGGGAUAACGCAAACAUCUGAAUAUGCAGCAUCCACUAUUGAAACUGUUGCCUCUACUGAUUUGCCAACAGCUCCUUUCUCAACAGAAUAUACAUCCGAAAUACCAACAUCAGAAGUUGCAUCAACCACUCUACCAUCAGUUACCUCCCAAGAAACAUUUGAAACAACUGAACAGUCUAGAUCUUCUGAAGCAAGUAUUACCACAAUAGAAACAGGCACACAGGAAACAGAUUACCUUUCAUCCACUUUGGAUUCUGGUACUGGGCUAACACAAACAUCUGAAUAUGCAACAACUACUAUUGGAACUGUUGCUUCCACUGAUUUGCCAACAGCUCCUUUCUCAACAGAAUAUACAUCUGAAAUACCAACAUCAGAAGUUGCAUCAAUCACUCUACCAACAGUUACCUCCCAAGAAACAUUUGAAACAACCGAACAGUCUAGAUCUUUUGAAACAAGUAUUACCACAAUAGAAACAGUCACACAGGAAACAGAUUACCUUUCAUCCACUUUGGAUUCUGGUACUGGGCUAACACAAACAUCUGAAUAUGCAACAUCCACUAUUGAAACUGUUACCUCUACUGAUUUGCCAACAGCUCCUUUCUCAACAG